CGUGCAGUCAUCAGGGUCGUAACUUUGUGCGGGAUCAAUUCCAUUCUGCAGAGCUGGACUUCGUUCACUGGUAGUCACGCAACGCGCCUUGUAAAAAUGAAACCGGCUGCGCCGACUGCACCAACCGUCCAUUUGCUCGCCGAUCCAGCGGAGUCCACCGAGUAUCGCUUGCUCGAGCUGCCACCAGAGAUCGCGGCCUUGCUUGAGAAUGGGGGAGACGACGGCAACGGCCACAAGAGCACGGGAAAACGGAAACGCACGGAUAUUGACGAUGGUAGUGAUGAUGAUGACGGAAUCGAGUGGGACACCGGCAGAAGGAUCCUGACGAUUAACGGACGCUACUUAGAUGAUGCAACAGUCUGCACGGAAUCACGAACGUACAACCUACGACACGUUUCGCAGUCCAACUCCCUCCUGCUGUGCACUCUGCUCCCUGCUUCGAGCGUCACCCUCGCCUCGACAUCAACACGGGAGACAUCGCCUGCAUCUAGUGACAGCGCUGUUCUGCUCAAAUGCUCUGCGGCAAGCAGUGGCGCUGGCGCGACUGCUUGUAGACAAGCAGGUCAUGAGGGGCAAGCAGUUCUUUCGCUUAAAUGCACUGUCAAGGAUACGCUGGAGCUACAGUGGGCGAUGCCUAAGCUCGAGCGCAUAGCCACAUUGCUAAAGGCGAGCGCUUACAGAGGGCCCGAUGAGGAGGAAAGGAGAUCGAAGAAGCUGUUCGAAGGUGCUCCUGGGGAUCGACUCUACACGAUGAAAGAAGUGCGUUCGGUGGUACAAGCCAGUCGGACGGAGUUGGAGGCCGGCCUCGACUUGUAUCGCGUGGUAAAGCUCGACGGACACGCGCGUCUCAUCUCACGCACGUACCUUGCUAAAAGCGUCCUACCGGCAUUGCUCAACCAUCUCGAUCUGCAUGAUUACUGCAUAGAUAACGUGCCCGAGUCGUCCACCAUCGACGCGCUCGCGACGGAUCAUGGCGUUUCGCGCAUCGUCGCCAAGAAGGUGCUCAUCAAGUGGUUUGGGAAGCGGAUUCGGGCUGGUGCGUCAAACGGAGACGCAGAGGACGGGGAUGAUGUGCACGGCGACGGCGAGGAUUUGAUUGCGAAAGGCAAAGGACGGGAGAGGUCAGUCGCGCUGAAAGGGCAGGAGAUGGCCAAGACCAUAGGGCUCGAAUUGUUGCAGGACAUGGCUAGUGGCCAGCCCACCAAGCUGGCAGCGUUCAUGGCUCGGUGGGCGGAAAUGGUCGGCGACGCUUUGGUCGAACACGCCAAUGUGGAUUUGCUCAAGAAUGGAAAGAGCUCAUCGCUCAUCAGCCCCCCUUGCCCCUUCCCCUCUCAGGGCGAACACCUCAUGUACCCUGUUCCGCCUUUGCGACCCUCAUCUUCACACCCUGCCCGGAUCCAGUACUUCCCGCGAUCAGCCCUCCCUCUCGAUGCCGCAGCGCGCUUCCAAGAGCUCUUCUUGACGCGUUCGCAGUGGCUGCUACCGGAUCUCUUGCCAUUCGUCGACUCGCUGGCAAUCAACCAGAACAAGCGCGAUGCACUGCUGAUUAAAUUCUGCAGGACGAGCCGCGUGCUUGUCCCGCCAGAGGAGCAUGCUGGGCUAGGAGGCGGCGCAGGCGCGAGCGCAGCUAAAGGUGCCGGUGCGAAGCGGGCACGGAACAAGACGCCUGGGCCUGCAGUUUCGCAGAAAGUAGAGCACGUUGUCGUGUAUUCUUCCAGACUGCGCUAUUGAUCAAACUCAUAGCCUGGUCUUGUUUUGCCUUGACCAUCGCUGACUACUAAGAACGCGCCCUUCAUAGCUUCUUUGCUUAUCAGCCUAUAGUCAAUGUGCGGCGCGCACCGAAAACUGUCGAGAUUCAUAACAUGCACAAACAUCCGUGUAGGCUCAAUGCUAGGAUGUAUCCCAGUAUCGCUUGAGGAAGAAUUGCA